AUGUUGAAGAUGUAUCUAACAAUUCGACAAGUGGAACUCGAAGGAAAUACAGAAAAACUAUAUACUGAGAACAUCCAAGGCUUUUAAUUCGAAAAUAUCAAGUUCAGUUCAACUUCAUAUAAGCUGGAAGGUGUCCAUUUUCAUGUCAUUAUUGAGAUCUAUAGGCAAGAUGAUAUCUUCUAAACCGAACCCAUUAAAUCAGUCAUUUUUCCUCCUAUUUUCGUAGAUUCAAGGAAGGCUGCCAGAAAUACCAAGAGAUUUGAUUAUCAAAAAAAUAAUUUCUUUGAUCGGAAAAGUCGAAAAUAUUAAAAAUAGAAGAUACUCUUGAAGGAAUUAAUAACUAUUUGA